AUGGCUAUCAGGUCCCUCGCGGACCUCCGGGGGUCCGGAGAAGAUUCUCCAAACGAAAAUGGAGCAACAAAUUCCUUUUCGGGGGGCGAGAGGUCCGGCCUGGCCAUUCAGAAUCCCUCGUCAGCCUUCCCCAACGCCACCGUGGGGGCAGCACCUCCGGGGGCCCGUCGAGUCUCCAUUUACAAAAAUGGAUUUCGAGUUGACGAAGGAGAAUUCCGGCCUUUCGGAGUUGAAGAAAACGACCACUUCGUCCAGGAACUCAAGGCAGGAGUGGCGCCCAGAGAACUGCAGCAAGGAGGCCGCCAAGUCCAUGUGCUGCUCGACGACCGCCACGAGGAAACCUACACUCCCCCCGCCCCUCCCCAGUAUGUGCUGUUUGGAGGCGAAGGGCAGAGCCUUUCGGGGGACCGGACUUCGCCGAACCACCCGGCGGGUGCUGCUGCUGCUGCUGCAGUGGACGUGUCGCUUGCUGCAGCAGCAGCAGCAGCAGCAGCCCCAGCGGACCCCUCGGCUCCCAGGACGCAGAUUUUGUUUCGCUUUCAUGAUGGCCAAAGAACUGCGCAGCACUUCCCCACAAGUGCAACAGUGCAGCAGCUCUUUGACUUUGUUGAAAGGGUGGCCCCCGCGCCUGGAGGCUUCUCUUUGCUAGAGGGCUUUCCCCCCAGGCCGCUCUCGGCGGCCCGAAGUGCCACUCUGCAGGAAGCGGGAUUGUUAAAUGCAACUCUGUCUCAGAAGCUCUCAUAA